AUUUUAUCUGCCUAUUUCGCUCCCCAAAGUCACUUCACGGGGACGGAAAAGGUGUUUCUGUGCGCCAAGUUUUUCAUUUUUCAAGUGUCUAUCCUACUGAAAUGUCCAAUUUGUACUCGAAAAUCGCACCUAAACCCACCAAGCGCCAUCCUGAACACACUAAUAUGUCUUACCUACAAACACAUCCGUGGAUAAACGAAGAAACUCUCAACAACGGACACCCAGUGUCUCCGCCUCACAACAGCGUUCUCAUGCAGCGCGAAAACAUGCAAGUGAUGCAGCCCUGCAGCGCCCCAUCGUCACCGUUGGCCUCUCCGGGAGCCCUCAAUGUGACAUCAUUCAGUUUGCCAUCAUCUGCGGGCGCCUCUUUCGCAGUCAUCGACACUGGGGAUCCCAAUUGGCAGGCGACAAAGCCCACAGUUCGCGAGAGGAACGCCGCGAUGUUCAACAAUGAGCUGAUGGCAGACAUCAAGUUCGUCGUGGGAACCGAUGAUCACACGCAGACAGUUCCUGCCCACAAAUACGUGCUGGCCACCGGCAGUUCAGUCUUCUAUGCCAUGUUUUACGGUGGCCUGGCGGAGAACAAGUCCGAAAUCCGCGUGCCAGACGUCGAACCGUCGGCCUUUCUCACCCUACUCAAGUACCUAUACUGUGAUGAAAUCCAUCUAGAGGCGGACAAUGUGCUUGCCACACUCUACGUCGCCAAGAAGUACAUCGUGCCACACUUGGCGCGGGCCUGCGUCAAUUAUCUCGAGACUAGUCUGACGGCAAAAAACGCCUGUCUCCUCCUCAGCCAGUCGCGCCUGUUUGAGGAGCCAGAUCUCAUGCAGCGUUGCUGGGAAGUUAUCGAUGCUCAGGCGGAGAUGGCAAUAAAAUCUGAGGGAUUUGUCGAUAUUGACUUGAAGACAUUCGAGUCGAUCUUGAGUCGUGAAACUCUCAAUUGCAAGGAGAUUAACUUAUUCGAGGCGGCUCUCAAUUGGGCUCAGUCUGCAUGUCACAAGAUGGAUAUUGACGCGACGCCGCAGAACAGGAGGAAUGUUCUCGGUCAAGCACUCACCAUGAUCAGAAUUCCCACAAUGACACUGGAGGAGUUUGCCAACGGUGUGGCACAACUGGGCAUUCUCACGCCGCAGGAAACCAUUGACAUCUUUCUCCACUUCACGGCCAAGAACAAGCCGCAACUGAACUUCUCCAGCAAAGCCCGCACGGGACUCAAGACGCAGGUGUGCCACCGCUUCCAGUCGUGCGCCUAUCGCAGCAACCAGUGGCGCUACCGAGGCCGCUGUGACUCCAUUCAGUUCUCCGUGGACAAGAGGAUCUUCAUCAUUGGCUUCGGCUUGUAUGGAUCAUCAACCGGCGCUGCGGAUUACAACGUGAAGAUCGAGCUGAAGCGAUUGGGACGCAUUUUGGCGGAGAACAACACGAAAUUCUUCUCAGACGGUUCCAGCAACACCUUCCACGUGUUCUUCGAGAACCCCAUCCAGAUUGAGCCCGACUCCUACUACACGGCCUCUGUGAUCCUGGACGGCAGCGAGCUGAGCUUCUUCGGGCAGGAGGGCAUGACUGAGGUGUGCAUGGGCAAUGUGACAUUCCAGUUUCAGUGCUCGAGCGAGAGCACAAAUGGCACUGGCGUCCAGGGUGGCCAAAUCCCCGAGUUGAUCUUCUACGGACCACUGAAUGCUGUCGCACAGCAGCCCACGACUAGUCACAGCAACAACAACACCUCAACAACGAUCAUCGGGAACAACAACGGAGAGGAUUGAGUGGUGCUCGACGACACAAGAACGCCAACAACUAAAGGUUUCUCUAAUUAAUGUGAUCUAAAUUAGACGGGAUGAUGUUGCAAUUAUGGCAGAAUAACCUGGUGAAGUUGCUAAACACACACAAAUACAAUAUAUGUCAGAGACAUACAUAAUUUCAUAGGCACAAAACAUAAGCAACAAAAAUUGCAUUCAACCACACACAAAAACUAUGUCUUUCACGUGAUGAUAAAAGCAAGAUAAAUAACCAUAAAAGACAAAUCAAUAUGUAUGAUAUAAAAGAAAAAAAAAAUCUCAGAAUCAAUACUUAAAAACUACGUAAGAAACAAUCCUUCAAAGGACUCUUUAAGUUAAAUGUUGUGUAUCAAUUCUUAUUAGUCCUUGGUAGCUUGAAAUACUUAGUAGACGUAAUGUGAGUAAUAAGAAUAUAUUUUGUAGAUUGAACAAUCAAAAAGACAAACAUUGAGAAUUUCUUAGAGAGCGCGAGAAGUAGAGGUUUGAAAACUAGAAGCAAGAACAGCCUUUCUGAAUAUAUUCUGCGGAGAAAAUGUUUUCUUCUUGUGUCAAAAACACGUACUGAUAUUUUUAUUUAAACAAUAUAAUCUCACUCUUGUGGUCACGAUGAGGUUCAAUGUCAUCUCAUAAAAUUAUACUAUUAUUAUUAUUGAUUGAUUGAUUGAUUGCAUUUUGAUGAAGGCAGUGACUAUAAUAUGUAAUAGUUUCGCUUCACAAUUUCAUGUAGAAAUGAAAGAUGACGAGGUAGAAAUAAACAAUUAAAUUCUU